CGACAAACAGUUUUCGAAAGUACGUGUACGCCCCGGAGCUGUUUCGGAGCUCCUCCUAGCAGUAGGUUCGGUAUUAUGAUCUGAGUUCUCCGAGCUUGAAUUUACCCUUCGUUUAUUUAAAAAGUGUACUCGGUGCAGGCUCAUUCGCGUUGGUUAAUUUAAAUUUCGAGCACUCGUGAUUACGGCUCCGCUCAGCACGCUCUGCACUUUGAGCAUAAUACCGAACGGUUUGUGUGAAAGGUAAACUAUUGUCAGGCUUAUGUCAAAUGUCAAAAUUUGAACGUGCAAAAACAUAAAUCUUCCCCUCCUACUUCUAGACGUUGUUUUAUGGUUUGGUUUGCGUUUUUUACCGACUUUGAUAGAAUAAUAAUAAUUUAUAUUUUAUAUUAUUGAGUGGUUGUUCUCAGUCGUUGAUAUUGCUAAAGCUAGGACACCCUUACCUGAAAUGGACCCUUCUCCAUCGAAUGAAGGAUGGAACUCUUACAAGGAACUAAAAACGAUGGUUUGGAAAUAUUUAAACCAAAAGCCAGAUUCCAAUCUACCUUUUAUGGAUUUCGAAAACGUUCUGUGCAAAUAUAAAGAAGAUUUUUUCGCCCUUUUAGAAUAUCCGCCUAAGAAUGCAAAGAAGCGGGAGGAUCUGGAGAAGAGGAUGACUGAUGCUGUUAAUGUCAGGGGCUUAGGAGAACAAGUCUUAUCUACACAGAUAUAUGAGGAAGCAAUUCUUUUGUCUGAUUUAUUUGAUCUCGAUGAGUUUAUAGCUCUCGACUUACUUUGUAAUGCACAGAUAUCAUCUCCCAGCUAUCCAGGAGAAUCAAGAGGUUUGAUAGCAAUUCUAUUAUAUUAUGAAGGAAGAAAAUCACUGGUUACUACUUUACUAUACUUAGUUCAGGCAAGAAAUGGAAACCUAUGGAGUGUUUGUGAUCAACCCGACAUAACUAGACUUGUAACAGAAUAUACAGAUCAACUCAUGGAUGCAGGCCUUUUUAAUAAAAUUUUUCAUCUUUUGAGAACAUUAGAUUUCUCUACAGAGAUUGAAAAACUUCAAGAAAAUAAGGCACUAGGUGGCCCAAAGCACAGAGAUCAAGUAGUGAAUGUAUUUAAUUCCAUAAGAUAUACAUUGGCAGAUGUCGUAUUUUCAUGGGCAGCCCAGAGCGGUCUUCCAAAAGAGGUCACAUUUGAGCUCCUUUGUUAUCUUAGAGAGAUCAAGCUAGAACAAAAGUCUUCAGGUAUUAUGGAUGAAGUGACUCUUCUUCUUCAGUUGAGUUUCUUGGCUGCUUUAGAUUUAAGUUUGUUCAUUCCGAAGGAAGGCGAAAAAGUAGCAAUGACAUCUCCAAUUUUAUCUGAUGAAAGUUUUAUUCCAAGGAUUGCUUUUGAAUUUUUGACGCCAAGACAUUGGGGUUGUGCAGGCAUACACGCUUUAUGUGGGCUUGGAAUAGCAGUAUGCUUAGCGUACAUUAGAAUGACACCACAAAGUUCUACUUAUCAAGAAUUUAUCGACCAAGAAGAUGAUAUAGUAGAUUCUGCGAUUGAACAUGAUGUAUUUGGUUUCAUAGACAAUGUUCUACUUGAAAACCAGAGACUAUACAAGGAACCAUUUUUAUACAACACACUGCACAAUUUUCUAACAGAUUUUAUUAUAUUCAUGUUUCCAAAAGUAAAAGAAUUAAGAAUGAAGUCAAAUGAGGUUUCUAGAACUUUGUUACUUUAUACUAGGGAAGGAUUGCAACCUCCAGAUAAUUUGCCAAGGCAUUUUGAGUCCCUAUUAUUAUCGAUCGGAAAGUUUUACUCAAAAAACAAAUUUGGUGAAAAUUAUAACUUAGUUUGGUGGAAUCCGAUGGAAAUAUAUCUUGAUCGCAAUAAAAAAAACAAAUCUUUACCUUCAAACAAAUCUGUAACGCUAUUUAAAUUUAUAAAGAUGGCCGGUGAUAAUCUACCAUCCACCCUAUUUGUUCCUUUCUUAACCAUGCUUAACGGCUUAUCAAGUUCAAAAGAGACUGCUAAAUUCUGUUUUGACAUGUUAAAGCAAGCAGGUGUUCACUUUCCUGGCACCAUAAGUUGGGAUCACUUUUUUCAGUGCUUUAGUCAGUACUAUAUCAAACUAAAGCAUGAUUCGCCAGCACAAAUGGAUACAGUCUAUAGAAUAAAACCUAUCCAUAAAUCAGUUAAUCCUGAGGAGUUAGAAGGACUUCUAGCAGUUCUUUCACUGUUGCGAACAAUAGCUAGUCAGGACGACGAUUUACGUGCUACUUUUAGUAAACAUCCUAACUGGGCUUCUUUACCAAUUUUAUUAGGUCUCGUGAGUUGUCAUAUUCCCCUAACCUUGAAGGCUGAUAUAUUGAAAACUUUGAGUAUCUUUUCAAAAUCACUAGAAACUGCUAAGGAAAUGUGGGAUAACUUGGAGGCCUCGCAGAUUUUAGUUACAGUGCCUACAACAUCUUUAUAUGCACCUAGGGGAAUUGAGACUGAAUUGGAUGAAGUAGAAUCGAAAAUGGGCGAGUAUCCAUUAACUAAAGCGAUUUUGGAAUUACUGAAUACUUUAAUCAGCUAUGGUAUUCCUAAAAUAUUAGGUGCUGGCACAAGAAAACCAGGCUUUGAUCCCUACUUAUCAUUUAUUCUUAACUCAGUAUUUUUGAAAUACAAUUAUAGAGGCUACAAGACUGGUUUAGAAAAGUGGGAUGUUGCAAGAAUGUGCCUGAAAUUGUUUGUAACCAUGUUGAAGCAGUAUGAUCCUCAGGCUUCCGAUUUCCCUUCAACCACAAGGCGUGAUAAUUUGGACAGUCCUCCAGGUUAUCAUCUCUCUGUGCAACUGAAUAACAAAUCAGAAACUCUACAGGCAAUCUUAGAUAUUAUUGAUGAAGGCAUUGGAUUCUUCGAGACAUAUGUUUCCAUGCCAUUCCAUGGGAGAGAGAUGGUAGAGGAAUGCACUCUAUUAUGUCUUCAUAUUUUAUCUAGAAGUUUGGCAUUGCAAGUUAAAUUUUUCCAUAUCCUAUCCACAACAUCUGCCAAUAUUAUCUUGACAGGAGUCAAUAAGCUUUUAUUGUCACUUAAUAGAAAAUCAGGGAAACCAGACCAUUGUCUCAAUAUUGCUGAAUAUGUCAGCUAUCAACUUUAUUUACCUAACCACUCUCAUUGUGCUGUUAAAAUUAUCAGACAAUUAACAUCUAAUGUUGGUCUUCACAGCCAGUUAAUGGUUAUAUUGAGUUGCUCAGAAAAAAAGCAAAAAAUAAGAAACGGAUUUGUUCAAUGUUUGGAUGUCUAUCAUGAUGACCAACAAGAUAUUACUAAAACAGAAAUAUUGAAGUUAUUAAAACAAUGUCUGCCCUACAAAGCGCCAAACCUCACACAUUUUUUAAUGGGAUUUGAUGUAGAGCAUGGUGUUUCUACAACCGAAUUCCAAUAUCCUGGCGUAAUGGAUUUCCCAAGGACUUGUUUCCAUUCCAUUUUAUCCAUUCUUGAUACAAAUAUUUCUAAAGCAUCUGAAUCAGUGAAUGAAGAUCUUUUGGAAUCUGCUUAUCAUUUCCUCUACCUUCUGGCUGCCAACCCGAAGACAAGCGGUCCUGUUUUAAGUUUUGUUAGGAACGACAAACAGUUUUUCCCGCUUCAUUUGAAAAAUUGCCGACAACCUGAGGACAUGAAUCCAACUCGUCUAUAUCAAAUAUCCUGGCUAUUGAAAACGUUGGCAAUUGAAUUAAAAGUAACAAGCACUCUAAAACAAGUUAGUUAUAUCAAAGAACUCACCACCUUCCUAGCCAACAUGCCAGCAACCGAUGAGAAUGAGAAAAGAGAUAAUUUCUUUUUAAAUCAAAAUUUACCAUUUGAAUUAAAAGACUUAGGAGGUAUACCGUCGCCUAUCGGCGCAAGCCCGUCUGGUGGGACUCCAAAAGCCCGUAAACUGCAUGCUUACAAAAUGAAGAAAAACGUAGACGCUUUGGAGAGAGCUCGGACUUCAAUUAUCGAGUAUGCAGACGCCUGGAAGCAAGUUGUUGGAGUACUUGUCAGCUUUGUCCCAAUAGAAAUUCUUGGUUUGAGUGACCAGCAAGUAUUUAGCACUACCAUUUUGGUAAAUGUUCUCAGAAAAGUGACUGAAAACGAAUUACUUCCUGAAGUCGAUAGACUUUUGUCUGGAUGCGUUUUACUCAUUAUGGAUAAUAUAAAGAGGCACUAUUUGAAAGAUAAAAAGUUCGUUAACGUCUUGUCUCACAACGUUGGUUCUCCCAAAAAAAUUCUGGAAUCGUUGAUAUUCUGGAUCAUGAAUUCAAAGGCAUCAAAUGUGGCACUCAGAAUCAAUAUUUACGCUGCUUUAGUGGCGCUCUUAGAAUUUGGUAGCAUGCAACGUGAUAAAGAAGCUCUUGGCAGUGACAGCUUCUACUUGAGCCCGUUGGAUAGAUUAAAACAUAGUUUUGAGCCUAAAGGCAGGCUGCUCAAUUUACAUCCCAAAGAUUUCGAUCAUCUUGGAGAAAACUUAUUGGAAGUAAUAAGUCUCGACUGUAUAGGAGGUCACGAAGUCUGCAAAAUUCUUGCAAUGUCCAGUUUUACUAGCCUUAUGAGUCAAACUGGCAAUUUUAUCUGGUUAUUUUUUUUCUCUGGGCGAGGCUAUUUAAAGCAUAUAAUUCAGAGCAUUGCAGACAGUGAUUUAGAGCUUCUGCGCCAUCUUGACCCUGCUACUGAAGAUAUCAAAGCACUCUACGUUUAUAUGGGCAGAAUUUUACUACUUAUCCGAUUUGCUGGCAAUAAAUAUGGCUCCGAAUUAAUUCUGGAGCACGAUUUAUUAGCUGCUUUGAGUGAAAUGAAAGUUUAUGAACGUCAUCCGGAGGUUUGCAAGCAGUUUGCCGUUGACGAUACUGUGGACGAUCCUUUGGAAUGUCUUAGUGAGAAGUACCUGCAAAUAUUUAUACCUGUAUUGCAUAUCUGCAACGCUAUUCUUACCUCUCUUGGCACAGAAAACCAAUCUGCUGUGAUACAAAUAUUGAAUUUUUUGAUAAUCCGCCUGGAUGUUGUGGAAUUUAUAUUGAGGUCUGGUGAUACUGAUUUGUCACUAUCUCACCUCAAAGAACUUUCUCUUCUUACUUUUGUGAUAGCCCGAACUGCCAACAAUGAUUUCGUUAAUAUCAUUGAAAAUCCCAUCUUUGUGGCUGAUAACAAGUCACAAUUGUAUCGUAUUCAACGACUCAUGUUGAAUUUGAUUCCCAAAUUUAUUUUAUCUGAAGAUACAGUUAGGAGACUAUUGGCGAACACCAAUGAGAUAGAAGGAAACAAGUUCCAAUCAUCAGAACGGCUGCUACAUUCGAUGCAGAUAGCAUCAAAUCUACUUUGGUACGUUCACAAUUGUAUUGCAAAUAACGAUAUUGAACAUGGAGGAGUUGGGGCUCUUUUCCAUCCUAGCCUGCCUGAUCCCAUACUGCAUAGUUCUCUCCACAGCAAAAGUACUGGAGGUUCCUUCCAUAAUAGAAGUAAUAGAGGUUUAAGCGAGGAAAAGAUCAGCCUAGGUUGGAUUAUAGAACAUUUGAUAGAUACAGUUACUUAUCAGCGUCGAGAAAGGGCAACAUUCCAUUCCAUUAAAAGAAAAAUCAUGGAAAUUCCAAAUAUGAGUUCGGGAGAACUAGGAGAAUAUAUCGGUGACCAUAUGAAUCUGCUUGACCAUCAAAUUAAACAGGAAAGAGCUCACAAAGUUUUGCGAGAAGGUCUUAGAAAAAAGACAAGAGAAAUGGAACACUGCGCUUUUAUUAUUGAGAAUUCUGUAUAUAUAAUAUGGAUUCAUUUACAUCAUUUCAUGGAACACGCUACCCCUCGUGCAAGACAUAGUCUCAUAUCAAAUUUGGAUGGAACGACCUCAACUUCAGCAAAUUUGAGUUUGGAAACUUCUGCAGAAAAUAUAACCAGUCUCAAGCAACGAUUAGUUUCAGUAUUUAGUGAUAGUUUCAGCAAACAACUUCUGGAGACUAAUCAGGGCCAAUCAAUAACAGAUCAAGAGUUCCUGAAAGUGUUAAUUCACCAGAUCAAAACAUUAUUGCAGUUUGCUUAGUUUGUUAGUAAUCUUUGUUUUAAAUAUAGUUCUUAAAAUUCAGGAAACGAAAUCUUUUAACUACAAAGUAACAUUUUAAUAAUAAUUUAGGCUAUAUUGUUAUGGAUCAAUUAACAGCUUGGUUUUUGGAUUUAAAUUGGUUAUCGUUUUCCAUUAUUUGUUAGUGAUCUAGCAAUUUAUCAAAUAUUCUAUUACAUGUAAGAUGAUUUUUGUUCUCUAGAGUAAAUCUAUGCGCUUCAUAUUAUGUAUGUAGUUCAAGUUUUGUAAUAUAAUAUUAGUGUUGUUUUAAAGGAAUUCAUUUUAACUUCUAGACAGGGUGUCUGGAAAUAAAUGCAACAAAAUUUGUUCAAAGAUUCGUCAAAAAAAAAAAUGGGUGAUUCCUUUUUUUUUUAAUGGUAAAGGCCCCUCCCUUCCGGAGUUACAGCCCCCUAAAAUUCGACCCUAAGAAUAGUAUUUUUUUUCAUUUCUCAGAAUCCAGUUGUACGAGAGCUACUAGGAUUGAUAUAGUGUAUCUAUUCUCAAUUGAACCACCACAAAAAAUAAAUCUCCAUUAACAGUCGGCGUUUUCUUUAUGAAGCAUAGGCGGCGAGGUUUCCAAAAAUGUUUCAUAAUAAAUAAUAAAUCAAUAUAAUUUGGGUAUUAUUCUAUGUAAAAUUUAAUUUAUAUUUAUUAUUUAUUUGAGAUAUUUUGGAAUACACAUGCCCCAGUGCCGUUUAGGAGCUAUUUUUUUAAAAAUGUAAACAAUUAUUUCAUAAAAAUAUACACGCGUAUAAACCUGCCUCCGCCUCUAACUAAAAAAAACAAACUACGUCGCAUCGCCCAGGCAAAUAAACAUGAAGAAAUCUUUUCGAAAUUUCGUUCCGACAACCGGUAUUUCAUUUUGCCGAUUGUAGUUUUUAGUAGGGAAUAUUCAAAACAUUUAUAUAGGUUUUUUGAGUAUUUAUUCACACCAAAGGUGCCUAAUAUUUGAUCGUACCUUAUACAUAGCUUGAAAAUAAAGUGGUUCAAUUUAGAAUAGAUAAACUAUACCUACACAGUUUUAGGCGCAGGAGCCCUUUAGGACAUUGGGGCCCCCUGUCUUUGGAGCCUCAAAACUUUGAUUGCGUAUUCAAAUUUAAAAAAAAAAUACUAUUCUAUUAGAAGGUCCAUUCAAUCAGAAAUCCUAUCCUUUUAUUUCUUGAAUUUUUUUCGUUAAACACUUUGUUUUCGAGAAAAAUGGCGAUAUGUGAUAUGAGAAUUCUGGUGCAUUUAUUUCUGGACACCCUAUAUGAGAUCAGAGACAUUUGUGAAAACCGUAAACUGUCAAUAUCAGUGCCUUGAACCUUCUUCUGUAUAACUCCUUGAACCCCAGCAAAUUUAUUACACGCUUCUGAGCUACAGAGACUGAUUGCACAGAUGCAUUGUUGUUUUCCGAAAAUUAAUGCCAUAUUAUAUACCAAGCCAGUCAAGGUUUGCAUAGUAUGAUGCUUUGUUAUCACUUUCACUCACAUCCUUAGGGCAUAGCAAACUCCAUUUCAUUGGUUUUCAUAGACUUCCAGUGAGGGUUAACCAUUUUAACAAUUUGUCGUUUAUAAUUCCCAGAAAUGUUGUGCUUUUGAUAGUGGCAAUGGCUGCGUUCACCCAAUACAAACUUUGGCAAACGGUUUACGUUGUUUCUGCUGAACGGCCGGUUUGUAAGCGGGUGAUUUUAACAUGUUCCGUAAGCCUUCGUCAUUUUUGAGAGCAUACUUCCGCGAGCGCUUGCUGUGGUAAACGGGUUUUGAUAAACAAACAACAUAGCUUGGGCCUGACAUAUACGUCACGUGAGAGAACUAUCUGCUUCAUAAACGUUUAUCUUUUGAGCAUAAACAUGUUGACGGUCAUUUGAUUCCGGUGAACGCUGCCAGUGUCUUGAUUGUUUAUAAUCCAUGAAGAUGAUCCUUUCUUCAAACAAGAAGUAAACGACGAUUGGUUUGCUCUCAUUUAAAACCAAGUUAUUCGUGAAGAACCAGUCUUGGGGCCCGUGGAGAACCAGUCUGGAACCACCAGAUAACUCAUCCACAAAGUUAAUAACUUUAAAGUCUUCCAGUCCGCCGGUCACAGAGCUUAGCUCAUUUAUAAUUUUUAACAGAAGUAAGGGCCCCAAAAAGCUGCCCUGGGGAACUCUGUACAAGCAAAUCCAAAACAUUUCUGAGGAUUCCAUGCUUUUGCAAUUUUUUUGAAUAGGCAUAGUCCCUAUUUAGGCAAUCGAAUGUUUUCGAUACAUCUAAAAAUAACCAUGCAGCAGAAGAAGUAUGCUGCAGGGAUAUUUAUAGAAUAAUUCUUCCAAAAAUCUGAUGAUACAACAAUAGCUAAUUCGGAGAUUUUUGAAAAGCUGGUCAAUAGGCUCACUACUUUUUUUUCUUUUAAUUCAUUAGGAAAGCAUCUAAAUUUCUAGGAGUUGUUUACGACAUAGCAUAGGUCAAGAUUUUAUUUUAUUUUUUAAAUUUUAAUUAAAAAAAAAUAUUAAUUUUGCAAAUGAGGCCCAAAAAUUGUUAAAAUUAACUUAGUUCCCAUCUUCAUUGGUUUUCCUGAGUGGAUGCAGCCAUUUUUUUGUACUAAGUUAGUUGAUAGGUUAAGUUUUAGCUUCUUUUUUAUAUUAUUGUCAGCUCAUAUUUUGUUUGUAUGCAGUGCAAUAUCGUUAAUCUGAACACUUAAUCGUGGUCCUUCUUCGGAUUAAAAAAUAUACAAUAAAACACAUCUGUAAAUACAUUAUCUGAUUUGAUUUGAGAUCUAUGUAUAUUGAUUUUUAUAAAUACUAUCUCCCAUCACGAUUUGCGUUCGGAUUAGCGUGCAUGGGUUCAGAUUACUGAGGCUGCACUGUACUUGUAUUAUCAUUUAUUUAUUAUAAUGUAUUUAAGUUUUUUGAUAAUAAGAAAGAAUAAAUUAUUCAUGAAUCCAA